AUGUCGUUUAUAUUCGAUGAUUACGAAGGGUUGCUAAGCUUAAACGUGCAUUAUGGUGGUAAGUUCAUCAUAAACCCUAAAAGACAAUAUGUAGAUGGAAAGGUUGAUUCUUUUGACUUUAUUGAUGUAGAAGAGUUUAGUUUAAAUGACAUAAAUGAAAUUAUGAAGGAGAUUGGUUAUAAACAUGGGAUAUGUUAUUAUCAUUACUUAGUACCUAAAAGCAAUUUAGAUGAUGGGCUUAGGGCAUUAAUAUAUGACAUGCAUAUUGAAACAAUGAAAAAAUAUGCUCCUAAGUAUAAACAAAUUAAGGUUUUUGUGGAGCAUAGUUGUGGGUUAUCUAUUGACCAAAUUAGGGAGAAAACCCCUGAGCUUGAACCAAUUAGGGAGAAUGUAGUUGAGACUGAGCUUGAGAAUGAACCAACUAGGGAGAAUGUGGUUAGUUUAGAAGAAACAGAGACUGUAGAAGUGACUGGGGAUAAUGAAACAGAUGGUGAAGAAGAGAAGGAUAAUGAAACAGAUGGUGAAGAAGAGAGUCAAAGUACGUCAGAGGGAGAUGACAGUGAGGAUGUUGACUUUGAACCAGAUAAAAAGAGGGAUGUUGGGGAUGAUGAGGAGGGUGAAGAAUUUUAA